AUGGCAAGGACCGAGGCCUCUGACCCUUCCGAGCAAUUCACCAAAAUCAAAGAGCUAGAGUUGGUGCCAGAAAAAGCCCAGGAGGAGGAGGCGGUUGGAGGGUGCAGAGUGAAGGAGCCCACAAACCCUGGGAAGGCGGAGGCCCAGUGCACCUACGGGGCCCUUUUGGCCAAGGUCUCCGAGGAAGAACUGGUGCCUGUCACCACGGAGGACAGUGGGAGGCACAUCCUGACCUUACAGGUGGUGUGCCCCACCUUCGAAGAUGGGGAGCUGCAGGAGGUCCACUGUGUGAUGCCACAGCAACAAGAGGGGGUGCAGGUGAUGGUGCAGCAGACCGGUAGUGGGGUGCCGUCGCUGCUGUGGGUUGGAGAGGGGCCCCAGCAGAGCCCGCACCCGUGCAUGGCCGUUGGCAUCCAGGAUCAGGUGUACUCACUGCAGGAAACACAGCCGAUGCAGCUUCACGUUCUGCAGGAUUGUCUGGCCGUGGCCGUGGCCACUGAAGACAGUCAGUGCACAGAGCCCCUGCCCGAAAGCGCUGGAUUGAUUAAGCUUGAGCCCAGCCAGGAGGGCAACCAGCUGCCAGCCAAAGGAGUCCUCAGGAGCACACAAGGCCAGUUCUUCUUCGUGGAAGCGAGGCCUGGAGAUGAGGGAAGAAACGAAAUCGUUCUGACAAUUUCAAACUUACACGUGGACGAGACAGAAGCUCAACCUGUGUCUGUUCAACCGCAUGUUGAAAGAACCCACUCUCCGAACGCUCACCAGGAGACCAAGGGAGGAACACACACCUUCCAGUGUGACCUGUGCUCAUUCACCGCGCCCAGAAUUUCCAGGUUGAAUCGUCACAUGAAGACUCACACCAACGAGAAGCCUCACGUGUGUCACAUGUGCAUGAAAGCUUUCCGCACGGUCACCCUGCUGCGGAAUCAUGUGAACACCCACACAGGAACCAGACCCCACAAGUGCGGGGAUUGUGACAUGGCGUUUGUCACCAGCGGAGAACUGGCCCGGCACAGACGGUACAAGCACACUCACGAGAAGCCGUUUAAAUGCCCCAUGUGCACGUACGCCAGCGUAGAAGGGAGCAAGCUGAAGCGCCACAUCCGGUCGCACACAGGGGAGCGUCCCUACCAGUGCCAUCUCUGCAGCUACGCCAGCAAGGACACCCACAAGCUGAAACGGCACAUGAGGACCCACUCAGGUGAGAAGCCCUAUGAAUGCCACUUCUGCCACGCGCGCUUCACGCAGAGCGGCACCAUGAAACUACACAUUGUGCAGAAGCACAGCGACAAUGUCCCCAAGUACCAGUGUCCGCACUGCGCCGCUGUCAUUGCGAGGAAGAGCGACCUACGCGUCCAUCUGCGUAACCUGCACACUUACCAAGCCAUGGAGUGCCGCUACUGCUCGGCUGUCUUCCACGACCGCUACGGCCUCCUUCAGCACCAGAAGACCCAUAAGAACGAGAAGAGGUUCAAGUGUGAAUACUGCAGCUAUGCCUGCAAGCAGGAGCGCCACCUGACCGCGCACGUCCGCACCCACACCGGGGAGAGGCCGUUCGCCUGCGCCUCCUGCAGCCAGCGCUUCCGGCAGAAGGAGCUCCUGACCGUGCACUUCAGGAAAUGCCACGAUGCCCACUUCACCCCCACGGUGCACCAGUGCCCCACGUGCGGCAAAGGCUUUUCCCGCUGGACGAACAUGCGCCGACACUCCGAGAAGUGUGAGGCCGGACAGGGGGAAGCGGCCACCUCAGGAACAGGAAGGAGAAUGAGGACGAGGAGGGCGGCUGUCCCCAAAGAGGCGGCGAAGGAAGACGAAGCCGCUGCCAAGGAGACCUCCGUGGUGACAGCGGAGCAGUACCCAGGAGAGGCGGCCCCUGCCAACCACGCGAGAGCCACAGCUGGAAGCAAGGAUCUGGCUGGGGACCUGACCUGUGACAUGCUCCUGGACAUGCUGAGCGAGUGAGGGGUGCGGGGCUCCCUCUCUCCCACAGCAAGUUAGAAACCUUUAGCGCCUUCUUGGAGGCAGUGAAGUUGGUGACACUGGAUUGUCACCGUUUUUCUAGAGCAGGAGGGAGCGCCUAGCAUAGUUUGCCUGUUUCUGACUUGAUAUUUAAAAAAAACAGAAAACAUGGCAGGUAUUUUAUAAAAGGCCCACAUCUAGAAGUGGGGAAUCAAACCUCAAACCCAUGAAUUUAUUCACUAGAUAUUAGCAGAAGUGGCCCACAAUGAAUGAGCCGCGAGUUUUGGAUAAAACUCCUUUCCGUUUAGCAUAGACUCCACCAAGGGCUUGGGCGGCAAAGCUGGGAGAUUUGACACUGAAUUGUACCUGCCUGUGACCUUUCUCAUAUUGUGGUUUUUAAACAUAAACUAUUAACUUUAUAUCCUUUUUUAUACAAAUGAAUUUUCCAUAAACUUUAAAGCCAUCAUAAUACUUUUAAUGAGUUCUAAA